UGGCGGCGGGCCGGUCGAGGCUCGGUCUGUCGUCGUGCAAACUGCGGCAGCGUCGGACCGCUCCACUCUCGGAGCGAACAACCCACGUGGGUUGUUCGCUCCGAGAGUGGAGCGGUCACGUGGCCGGCGAAACAAACCUACAAAUCAAAAGAUGUCAGAAGAGUUGACCUGCGAGGUGGGGCCGCCGUGCAGCCUGGUGCUGGCAGAUGGCUCCGUGUUCCGAGGACGCAGCUUCGGCGCACGAGUGCCCACCGAGGGAGAAGUUGUAUUCCAGACUGGUAUGGUGGGCUACCCGGAGUCGCUGACGGAUCCAUCGUACCACGCGCAGCUCUUGGUGCUCACGUACCCGCUGGUCGGCAACUACGGCGUGCCUGAUGAGGAGGAUCGCGACGAACACGGAUUGCCGAGAUGGUUUGAAUCCAGUCGCAUUUGGGCAGCUGGAUUGAUAGUGGGGGAAGUAAGUACCCGGGCUUGCCAUUGGCGCGCGCGCCGGUCUCUGGGCGCAUGGCUGGCGGCCCGUGGCAUCCCGGGUGUGUGCGGUAUUGACACUCGCGCACUCACCUAUCGCCUGCGAGAAGGAGUAAUCCUGGGCCGCAUCAUACAAGGAGAACCUCCUUUCGGAAUCCUCCCGGUUUUGAAGGACCCAAACGAAAGAAACUUAGUGGCUGAAGUCUCUGUUAAGGAGACAAAAACGUUCAAUCCCAAUGGCGAAGUUACAAUAAUGGCCGUAGACUGUGGCUUAAAAUAUAACCAAAUUCGGUGCUUAAUCAAAAGAAACGCAAAGGUUAUCCUUGUGCCAUGGGACCACAAACUAGAUUCCAGCAAAUUCGAUGGCCUUUUUAUCAGUAACGGGCCUGGUGACCCUGAAGUAUGCAAGAAAGUUGUUGAUAACUUGAAGGAGAUCAUCAACAAGACAGACAAUGUGAAACCAGUGUUCGGUAUCUGUCUUGGUCAUCAGUUAUUAUCUACAGCCGCUGGAUGUAAAACAUAUAAAACUAGCUAUGGUAACCGUGGCCACAAUUUACCAUGCACGCACAAUGGCACAAACAGGUGUUUUAUGACAUCUCAGAACCACGGAUUCGCCGUUGAUGACAAAACAUUACCAGAAGGGUGGAAAGUGUUAUUCACUAACGAAAACGACAAAACCAAUGAAGGCAUCAUUCACAAAUCUCUACCUUACUUCAGCGUUCAGUUCCAUCCUGAACAUACUGCAGGACCGACUGACCUGGAGUGUCUGUUUGAUAUUUUUAUAGAUUCUGUUAAGGCUUAUAAAAACAAACAAAACGUUGUAGUAGAUGAGAUGAUUACGAAGAAGCUUACAUUCGAACCAACUCUUCCAGAAAAGCCAAAGAAAGUACUCAUUCUUGGAUCGGGAGGUCUAUCUAUUGGUCAAGCCGGAGAAUUUGACUAUUCUGGAUCUCAAGGUGUUAAAGCCAUGCAGGAAGAAAAAAUCCAGACUGUACUUAUAAACCCCAAUAUCGCUACAGUUCAAACCUCUAAAGGCUUGGCUGACAAAGUCUAUUUCUUGCCUAUUACACCAGAAUAUGUCGAGCAAGUAAUUAAAGCAGAACGAGCAACAGGAGUACUGCUCACUUUUGGGGGCCAAACUGCAUUGAAUUGUGGUGUAGAGCUGCAAAAGUCAAAAGUAUUCGAAAAAUAUAACGUGAAUGUUCUAGGAACUCCAAUACAAUCUAUCGUAGAUACUGAAGACAGAAAAAUAUUUGCUGAAAAGAUCAACGCGAUUGGCGAAAAAGUGGCUCCUAGUGCCGCAGUGUCUUCGGUAGAAGAAGCUCUAGCAGCUGCGAACCAGAUUGGAUAUCCUGUGAUGGCUCGAUCUGCUUUUUCACUUGGAGAUUUAGGAUCAGGAUUUGCAAAUAACGAAGAAGAACUCAGAUCUCUUGCUCAUCAGGCACUGUCACACUCUGAUCAGCUAAUUAUUGACAAAUCUUUGAAAGGAUGGAAAGAAGUGGAAUAUGAAGUCGUCAGGGAUGCAUAUGACAACUGUAUCACUGUAUGUAAUAUGGAAAAUGUAGAUCCUCUAGGAAUACAUACAGGAGAAUCCAUAGUCGUUGCGCCAAGUCAAACAUUGUCGAACCGUGAAUACUACAUGCUCCGAAAUACAGCUAUAAAAGUGAUAAGACAUUUUGGCAUUGUUGGAGAGUGCAACAUUCAGUACGCCCUUAAUCCGAACUCGGAAGAAUUUUACAUAAUUGAAGUGAACGCUAGACUUUCCAGAAGUUCUGCGUUAGCAAGUAAAGCCACAGGUUAUCCAUUAGCAUACGUAGCGGCAAAAUUAGCUCUUGGAAAACCCUUACCCGAAAUUAAAAACUCGGUUACUGGAGUUACUACAGCGUGUUUUGAACCAAGUUUGGAUUACUGUGUUGUCAAAAUACCAAGAUGGGAUUUAGCUAAAUUCAAUAGAGUAAGCACCAAAAUUGGAAGUUCCAUGAAGAGUGUGGGUGAAGUUAUGGCCAUUGGUAGAAGUUUUGAAGAAGCUUUCCAAAAAGCACUACGCAUGGUUGAUGAAAACGUGAAUGGAUUUGAUCCAAAUGUUAAAGAAGUAAACGAAAAUGAAUUGAGAGAACCCACGGACAAAAGAAUGUUUGUCUUAGCUGCGGCACUUCGAAAAGGAUAUACCGUUGAAAAACUUUAUGAGCUCACAAAAAUUGAUCACUGGUUUCUUGAAAAAUUCAAGAACAUAAUAGAUUAUUAUAAAACUUUGGAAGCCGUUGAUUCAGCAUCGAUUACUUCGGAAAUAUUAAAGAAAGCCAAGCAAAUUGGGUUUUCUGAUAAACAAAUUGCUGCUGCGAUCAAAAGUACCGAACUGGCUGUGAGAAAAUUGAGAGAGGAAUAUAAGAUCAAUCCAUUUGUGAAACAGAUAGACACCGUUGCGGCAGAGUGGCCUGCAACAACAAAUUAUUUGUAUAUGACAUAUAACGGUAUAUCACACGAUUUAGAUUUUCCAGGAGAUUUUACAAUGGUGUUAGGAUCAGGGGUAUAUCGGAUAGGGAGCUCAGUUGAAUUUGAUUGGUGUGCUGUGGGCUGUUUAAGAGAACUUAGAAAUCAAGGCAGAAAAAUAAUCAUGGUAAAUUAUAAUCCUGAAACGGUUAGUACUGACUAUGAUAUGAGCGAUAGAUUAUAUUUUGAAGAAAUUUCUUUUGAAGUUGUCAUGGAUAUUUACAAGCUUGAGCACCCCAAUGGAGUUGUUCUUUCUAUGGGAGGUCAACUGCCCAAUAAUAUAGCCAUGGACCUGCACAGGCAACAAGCAGUUAUACUGGGAACGUCUCCGGACAUGAUUGACAAUGCCGAAAACAGAUUUAAAUUUUCAAGGAUGUUGGAUCGUAAAGGUAUUCUUCAACCGAAAUGGAAGGAACUUACAAAUCUCGAAUCUGCUAUAAACUUCUGUGAGGAAGUAGGAUAUCCUUGUUUGGUUCGACCUUCUUAUGUCUUGAGUGGAGCAGCUAUGAAUGUGGCAAACUCAAACCAAGAUCUAGAGGCAUACUUGAAGUCUGCAAGUGAAGUAAGUAAAGAUCACCCUGUGGUCAUAUCGAAAUUUAUCAUGGAUGCUAAAGAGAUUGACAUUGAUGCAGUCGCUGCUGAUGGAGUCAUAUUAUGUAUGGCUGUUUCUGAACAUGUUGAAAACGCUGGGGUGCAUUCUGGUGAUGCCACACUUGUCACUCCACCUCAAGAUAUUAAUAACGAGACCUUGGAUAAAAUAAAAGAAAUUGCUAGAAUAAUAGCUGAAACGCUUGAUGUUACUGGUCCCUUUAAUAUGCAAUUGAUAGCAAAGGACAAUGAGCUCAAAGUAAUAGAAUGCAAUAUAAGAGUCUCCAGGUCGUUUCCUUUUGUGUCUAAGACACUUGAUCACGACUUUGUUGCAAUGGCAACUAAGGUGGUAUUAGGUAUACCUGUAGAGCCAGUAGACGUCAUGACUGGUUGCGGUAAAGUGGGAGUGAAGGUUCCCCAAUUCUCAUUUUCAAGAUUGGCAGGCGCUGACGUUACCUUAGGAGUGGAAAUGGCAUCAACGGGAGAAGUCGCAUGCUUUGGUGAAAACCGUUACGAAGCUUAUUUAAAAUCUCUAAUGAGCACUGGGUUUAGGAUACCCAAAAAAGCCAUAUUGCUGUCGGUUGGCACAUUCAAGCACAAAAUGGAAUUACUUCCAAUUGUGAGAAUACUACAACGAAUGGGCUACAAGCUUUACGCAAGUAUGGGCACAGGUGACUUUUACACCGAACACGGAAUCGAGGUCGAGAGUGUACAAUGGACAUUUGACCACAUCGGAGAUCCCGAAGACGCCAGAUCAGACGGUGAACUUAUGCACCUCGCUGACUUUAUGGCUCGACGUCAACUAGACCUGGUGAUCAAUCUACCAAUGCGGGGAGGAGCUCGUCGGGUGUCUUCCUUCACUACACAUGGAUACAGAACUCGCCGAUUAGCUGUAGAUUAUGCAGUACCUUUGGUCACGGACGUGAAAUGUGCAAAACUUUUAGUUCAGGCCAUGCUUCGAUGCGGAGGGGCACCUCAUAUGAAAACACAUACAGACUGCAUGACUUCACGAAAUAUUAUUAAAUUGCCCGGAUUUAUUGAUGUACACGUUCAUGUUCGCGAGCCUGGCGCUACAUAUAAAGAAGACUUUGACUCCUGUACAGCAGCUGCCCUUGCUGGUGGAGUAACAAUGAUUUGCGCUAUGCCUAACACAAAUCCUCCAUUGAUAGAUCGCACUGCAUAUGAUUAUGUGUCGACACUCGCUCGAGUAAGUGCACGAUGUGACUAUGCUCUGUAUGUUGGAGCAUCUUCGACUAAUUGUGAAACUGCGUGUGAUCUCGCACCUCAAGCUGCAUCUUUAAAAAUGUAUCUUAAUCAAACAUUUACUACACUGCAAUUAGAUGACAUGACUAUAUGGCAACGUCAUCUUCAAAACUGGCCAAAGAAAAUACCAGUUUGUUGCCACGCAGAGCGUGAAAAGACCGGAGCAGUAAUUCUGAUGGCAUCUUUACUAGAUAGGCCUGUGCAUAUUUGUCAUGUCGCUAGGAAAGAGGAAAUUCUUAUUAUCAAGGCUGCUAAAGAGCGAGGGCUAAAAGUGACCUGUGAAGUAUGUCCUCAUCACUUAUUUUUAAGCACAUCAGACGUUGACCGAGUUGGAGAAGGACGGGCUGAAGUACGUCCAGUUCUUUGCAGUCCUGAAGACCAAGCUGAACUGUGGAAAAAUAUGGACAUCAUCGAUGUUUUUGCAACAGAUCAUGCUCCUCAUACAGUGGAAGAGAAAAACGCGGAUAAACCUCCACCAGGAUUUCCGGGAUUAGAAACGAUAUUACCAUUACUUCUUAAUGCAGUACACCAAGGACGCCUCACCAUUGAGGAUAUCAUCAACAAAUUCCACAGAAACCCCCGAAAAAUUUUCAAUUUACCUGAGCAGCCUAAUACGUAUGUGGAAGUUGACAUGGACUACGAAUGGAAAAUUCCGUCAUCAAUGGAGUUCACAAAAUCCAAAUGGACUCCAUUUGCUGGUAUGAAUGUCUGUGGAGCAAUUCACCGUGUAACUCUUCGAGGUGAAAUUGCUUAUGUAGAAGGUCAGAUUUUAGUACCUCCUGGAUUUGGACAAAACGUUCGAGAUUGGCCAACUCCAAAGAAACAGUCAUUCCCAGUUUACGCUAUUGAGAAAACUGAAAAAAAAAUUACCAGUAGACCUAACUCAGCACUAGAUUUCCAUACUUCUGGUGAUGCCAGUCGUCUGAGUGAUAUUGAAUUUGAUCAAAUCGAAUCAAACAAAACUGAUGGAAUGAGUAAAUUAAAUGUUCACUUCAACGAUACAGCAGCACUCAGAAGCAUGUCGCCAUUACCUCCACAAACAACCACGAGGCAACGAUGUGACAGCACCUCUUAUUACAACCCUCCUCAGCAAUCGGGCACUCAGCGUCAACGUAGUGACCUGUUUGGAAAAAGUAUCCUCACUGUUGCUACAUUCACAAAAGACACACUUAAUGACAUAUUUAACUUGGCCCAAUUUAUGAAGACGUGUGUGAGCAAAGGUAGAAACCUAGACGACAUCUUACGAGGGAAAGUUAUGGCAUCCAUAUUUUACGAAGUCAGUACGCGAACAAGUUGUAGCUUUGCAGCAGCUAUGCAGAGGCUCGGAGGCUCUGUUAUUCAUACUGAUGCCACAAGUUCGUCGGCUAAAAAAGGAGAAACGUUAGAAGACAGCGUGGCGGUGUUAGCCAGCUACUCCGAUGUUGUUGUACUGCGUCAUCCCGAACCAGGCGCGGUUGCGAAAGCAUCUCGACACUGCCGCAAGCCGAUUAUAAAUGCAGGAGAUGGCAUUGGUGAACAUCCUACCCAAGCGUUACUUGAUGUAUUCACUAUUCGAGAGGAGAUUGGUACAGUAAAUGGCCUUACCAUCACAAUGGUUGGAGAUCUGAAGAACGGUCGCACCGUUCAUUCUCUCGCUCGCUUCCUCACCCUAUACCAAGUCCAACUUCAAUAUGUGAGCCCGCCAGGACUUGGCAUGCCAAAACACAUCAUGGAAUAUAUAGCCAGCACAGGAACUCCACAAAAAGUUUUCGAGCGGCUAGAAGAUGUUCUUGCAGAUACCCAUGUCCUAUACAUGACAAGAAUUCAACGUGAAAGAUUUGUUAGCCAGGAGGAAUAUGAAAAGACGCGUGGCUUACUGGUGGUGACGCCGCAACUGAUGACGCGUGCGCGGCGCCGCAUGGUGGUACUUCACCCCUUGCCACGAGUCGACGAGAUCUCCCCAGACUUCGACUCAGACCCUCGGGCCGCCUACUUCAGACAAGCGGAGUACGGAAUGUACGUCCGAAUGGCGUUACUUGCCAUGGUUGCCGGCGUCAAUCCUCUCAUAUAAGCGGAUCUUCCAAAAGCGGAUCUUUAAUAGAUAAAAUCCUUAAUCUCUCCACACACAGAGGCGGUAGCGUAAGCGUUGCGAGUUGGCAAGUCGGAGUUACUAAGAAAACGGGGCAUAUAUCUCUGUGUGAACGCGUGCUUACGAACUCAAAUAUUACAAAAUAUUCCUGGCCGCAUCUGUGUGCUUUAAAUUAUUUGUAUAAUUGACAAAUUAGGAAGCGAUCCUAGUAAAUUAAUGUAAUGUAUCUAUUCGUAGAUCGUAUAGAAAAAUAGAAAUAAUCGAAUCAUCUAGACAUAGGUUUCCAAGGCCCAAUGUCAAUAGAUAACGAAAAUAGUAAAAUAGAUAAUACAAACAUA